AUGGCCAACGCUGUCGCCACCCUCACUGCCGUUGAUGAAAAGCUUGAGGCUCCUGGAGCUGUACCUAUCUCUACCUUUUUUCAACCUGCGAUGAGCCUCCCUUACUGGAUGGUUAAUGUGCAUCCAACGAAGUGGACGAUCGAGUGCCCUAGCUUUCUGCGAAACUUGUCCGCAAAGAAUAUCAGCAUCCUCUCCACACCCGAUGAACAGUAUCAGAGACAAGGCUGGAAACUGGCGAAACAAAUCGUUGAAAGCAACCAGAUUGAUCGAUUCCAGCGGCUACCGAGUGACCUGAGGAAAUACCUGGAGUAUAAGGAACGAAUCAUCGCAGAGCAUGGAUCGGUGAUGCGCUUUGUGGUCAGGGAAAGACUUCAAUGGGGGGAGGGAAGACCUGAGGAUUUAAUGCCCAAAGGCAGACCGUUCGAGUUUAAUGCAGAAGACAUCCGAAUCCUAUACAAUGACUGGCCAUAUGGGCUAGCUAGCGGCAUCGUUCACUUGGUGGUCUGGACAAAAUUCGAACUGGAAGAUGACCCGGCAACGGAUGAUUUGACGCCGCACGCGAGACAAGAGAUUGAUGAGUAUGUGCAACGGACAUUUUGUACGCGGAUGCCACCGAACCAGGUCAUCUGGUUCAAGAACUGGAAGUCUCUCAAGUCGGUCCAUGCCAUCGAACACUUCCAUGUCAUGCUGCGUGACCCAGAUCCGGCAUUUAUUCAGGAGAUCACUGGCGGAGAUGUUCCACUCAUAGCACAAGUGGGUUGA